AUGGAUAAAUACCUAGCCUUGGUGAACGAGAGGACGGAUAAGCUGCAGUUUGACAGAGUUAUGGGCUUUAUCGAGCGCGGUCGCGUGCAGGGCACCUUGGUGACAGGAGGUCAUCGGAUCGGCGAGAAGGGCUACUUUAUUGCGCCGACAGUCUUUACAGGUGUGAUAAAGGACUCCGAGAUCAAUCAGCAGGAGAUAUUUGGGCCUAUCGCUAUCGUCAACAGCUUCAAAACCGAGGAGGAAGCCAUUUCUUUAGCUAAUGAUACGGCAUACGGGCUGAUGGCAGGGGUGUUAACCCAGGAUAUCAACCGUGCUCUGCGCAUCAGUACAGAGCUCGACACCGGUAUGGUCGGUAUCAACGCGGUGAGUAUGGCGUUCCGGCAAGCCCCUUUUGGUGGCACCAAGGAGAGUGGGAUUGGGCGCGAGAGUGGAGUUCAUGCUUUGCGCGAGUAUACGGAACCGAAAACGCUCUUCGUCAAUUUGAACUACUGA